CCAGUCGUUGCUGCAGCUGCUCCUCCGCUCCAGCAGGGUGCAGCUUUGUGAUUAACAGCAGCAAACUGUUCAGUAAUCCAACAUGUCUGCGCCCUGAAGGAUGCUGCUAACGGCGUGAAGGUACAGGACAAGUCACAGUGGAUGGAUUCUCAGUUGACUUGGAGGCAGAUUUAAGGCUUUUCGAGACAGAACAGGAUGUCAAAGAUCUCUAAGGCAGCCAAGGCUGUGAAGAAAUUGGAUGCCAGCAAUGUAAUCCGGGCUAUAGUGAGGUCAGGACAAGCGGCCCCUGGACCUCCACUAGGCCCCAUCCUGGGACAGAGAGGAAUCCCUAUUGGGCAGUUCUGCAAGGACUUCAAUGAGAAAACCAAGGAGCUGAAGGAGGGCAUCCCUCUCCCGAUCAAGAUCCAUGUGAAGCCCGACAGAACCUAUGACCUGAAGAUUGGCCAGCCCACAGUGUCUUACUUUCUCAAACAAGCAGCCGGCAUUGCGAAAGGGGCCGGCAAGACAGGCCACGAGACAGCGGGGAUGGUGUCGGUGAGGGCGGUGUAUGAGAUUGCCCAGGUGAAAGCCGAGGACGAGUGCUUCAAAAUGAGGAACGCCUCCCUUGAGACCGUCGUCAAAAGCAUCAUCGGCUCGGCUCGUUCACUGGGCAUCAAGAUUGUCAGCGAUCUCUCAGCUGAUGAGUACAAACUCUUCUUGGAGCAGAGGGAGGAGAAGUUGAAAACUGAUGCAGCAGCAGCCGCAGCCGCCGCAGCUGAAGCUUUGACAAGCAAAAAGAAAUGAAGACCUGCAACAUUUUUAAUUUUAACCCCCGCAUUCCUAUUAGUAUUGACUCCAUACAUAAACCACAUUCAUACAAAAACACUGUUAAUGUUGUCUGUCAGUUAAUAAACAGUUAAGUUUGUGAUU